CAUAGGACAGGAUUUUAGUGAUUUGAAUAUCUCUAUCCAGGGAAUCAUUUUGUUACGUUUAAUCAUUUGAACAUAUAACAAGAUAGUUUUUCAGUUGCUGUAGGAAUAUUGUAGAAUUCUAGUUCAUAUACAAAUAGGAAAAACAAUUUUGAGUAGGAUUUUCUUAACAUAUUUGAUUAUAGAGGGAGGAGAUUAUUACAAGGGUAGGAGAAUGUCGGAAUCGGAGGAGACGUCGAAUUCUUCUUCAACAAGUGAAAAGGAAUCACCAGGCUCUCCUCUUCCACCAAACGACUCAACCUCUGAUGGUGACGAAAGCACUCCUUCUUCAUCGAAUUCAGAGGAUUCCGGAUACGAUGAUUCAUCAACAGCAGCCCCUCCAAGUCCAAAUUCAUCAAACUCUUCACCUUCUUCCGAUGAUGAUUCAAAUGAGCAAUCACUUUCACCUCCUUCAGACACAGAUUCACCUGAAACCUCAACACCCCCAUCACCACCAGAAAAAGAUUCACCCCUUCAAAGUACGUUGUCGCCACCAUCAGAGGAAAGUCCACCACAAUCAACAUCAACAUCAUCAUCAUCCCAGUCACCUCCUAGCCCUUCUAAGCAGCAAUCACCACCUCCUAGCCCUCAUAAGCAGCAAUCACCACCAUCUCUCAAUAGCCCUUCUAAGGAAUCAUCACAACCUUCACCAGAAAAAUCUCCUCCCUCUUCUUCUUCUGAUCAUCCUCCUAACAGUAGUCCUUCACCACCACCACCUUUUUCAAGAACCUCAUCAAAAUCACCACCUCCCCCAAACUCCACGUCAAUACCUUCAUUUGCAUUUUCACCUCCAUCAUUAAAUGGAUCUACUUUAUCAUCAUUACCUGGUAAUUUUUCUCCUCAACCAUUAGCUCCUCCUCCACAAAGCCCACACAAGACUCCCUCUAACGCAGGCGGUGGAUCUUCCCAUUCAAGAAGCUCUAAUGAUAGUCAAAACAAAGAGGCGAAAAACCCUCAUUAUGAAGUAGCGGUUGGUGUGGCAGUGGCGGCUGUUUUCAUCAUUGCAUUCGUUGCCUUGGUUUUCUUUCUAAGGAGAAGAAGGAAGAGACGACCAAGGCCGUACGCCGAUUACAUGCCACCACCUGCUAACUUUUCAGUGGCAACAGAUGUAUUUAUUGGACAUUCUUCACGAGUUGAUGCCACCUAUUAUAAUUCUCAACUUCAUGGCCAGCAACACUCUAAUUUGGUAAACAGUUUUGGGAGUCAAAGAGGACAGAAUUUCCAUGGUCCCGAUUCGGGUAUUAUUGCUAGUUCUAAGACAUUUUUCGCCUAUGAAGAGUUGGUGGAAAUGACCAACGAAUUUUCUCGUCAGAACAUUAUUGGUGAGGGUGGGUUUGGAUGUGUUUAUAAAGGGUGGCUACCAGAUGGGAGAGCUGUCGCUGUUAAGCAGUUAAAGGCGGGUAGUGGACAAGGGGAGCGAGAAUUUCGGGCUGAAGUUGAGAUUAUUAGCCGUGUUCAUCAUCGACAUUUGGUCUCUUUGGUUGGAUAUUGUAUUGCUGAAAGCCAGAGAUUGCUAAUCUAUGACUUUGUUCCAAACAAAACUCUUGAACAUCAUCUACAUGGUAACCUUCGAGUGCUUGACUGGGCCAAAAGAGUCAAGAUUGCUGUAGGAGCCGCUAAGGGUUUGGCAUAUUUGCAUGAAGACUGUCAUCCAAAAAUUAUUCACAGGGACAUUAAGUCAGCAAACAUUUUGUUAGAAGAUGAUUUUGAAGUACAGGUAGCAGACUUUGGACUUGCCAAACUUAAUGACACUACUCAGACCCAUGUUUCAACUCGAGUCAUGGGGACAUUCGGAUACUUGGCACCGGAGUAUGCAUCAAGUGGUAAGCUGACGGAUAAAUCAGACGUUUUCUCAUUUGGAGUUGUGCUACUAGAACUUAUAACGGGGCGAAAACCAGUUGAUCCAACCCAGCCUUUGGGGGAUGAGAGUUUGGUCGAAUGGGCAAGACCACUCCUCAUUAAUGCCCUUGAAACUGGUGAUUUUAGUGAAUUAGUUGAUCCACGGCUUGAAAAGCAUUAUGUAGAGAGUGAGAUGUUUAGGAUGAUUGAGGCAGCUGCUGCAUGUGUUCGGCAUUCUGCGGCAAAGCGGCCUCGCAUGGUGCUGGUGGCAAGAGCAUUGGACUUCGAGGGAGAGUCUGAUCUCUCUAAUGGGGUGAAAUUCGGUCAGAGCACAGUUUAUGACUCUGGACAAUACAGUCAAGAGAUUAAGAAGUUUAGGAGGAUGGCACUUGGAGGUGACAACAGCUCAGAAUUUGACAUGUACAGUGGAGAAUACGACUCCAAGAAAGUAUCACGUGGACAACAAAAUUAUUGGCAGUCCCGGUAUAGUUCGGGUGACUUCACUAGUGGUGAGUCAGAAACUCAAGCCUUCAAACCAAUUAGUGGUGAGUAUAGAGGUGCCUCGGGGAACUAUGGUGGUGGUCGUUUCAGUCAAAGUUGAAAUCUUUAGGCUAUUCACACAUUUGGUUCAAAUGAAUCAAAUGUGUAUAGCGUUUGUAUGUAAAAGUGUUGAUACCUUCUUUAAUUCCCUUGAGUCAUAAAUUUGGGUAUAUGGAAAAGCUUUUAAAGACUAAUUCCUACCAUAGGUGCUA